AUGGAAGAAACUAAGAGUGGUUAUAUAGUGAAAGUAGAAAAAGACAAAUUCUUCCCUGCAGAUCUUCUAUUGCUUUCAUCCAGCUACGAUGACACAAUCUGUUAUGUUGAAACAAUAAAUCUUGAUGGCGAAACACAGAUUCCAAGCUUCGAAACAAAGAUUACAUCUAUGGCUUCCCUACAACUCCAUCGGCCGCCACCCACAAACAAGCCAUCGAUUGCAUCUUUUCUGCUUUCGUUUCGUUCUUCACCUUCGUCGAGCCAACCAAGCGCCGAAGUGCUUCCCGCUUUUCUGAUUUUAGUUGCGUUCCUCUUCAUUCUCAAUCAACUGCCUUUGUUACAAACUCUUCGAUUUUAA